GUACAGCACGCUGGCUCAACGAAAAGUGAAACAUUUAAAAUAAAUAGUAAAUAUUUGUACUUGUGAGGAUUUUCUAAACUCAAUUUUAAACAUUUCAUCAUGAAACUACUGACAUUACACAAACGAAAUGCUUACAUUCACUAUAAACAUACAAUUUGUUCUCAGGCAUUUGCAUUUGUGCUAUUAGCCACAAUUUUUACUGUGAUUUUUCCGUUUUUCAUUGCAUUUUAUAUGUUCAACGAUAUUUGGUCGCAAUAUAAAAUGAUAUACGAACAUCCAGAUGUGCGAUUUCAAUAUAAAUACAUUUUUAUGGCCGAGUAUCGUCCUUCAAAUAUCGACGAUAGCAAUUCAUACGAAUCAACUGUCACCACAUGUAGCUCAUAUGCAUUUUUGAAUGAACUAUUUCAAGAUUUUUCCGAGUGUUCUAUGAUUAAGUUUUGGGAAAGAGACUCGGAUUUCGACUAUCGCAGCGAUCAAAUGACACUUCAACUUACGUUCAAUCCACCAAAAGGAUAUGUGCUAGAUAAUUUCAACUUAUACCUCGAGUUUGAUGCCAAAUUUAAUCGACAAUGCCAUUUGCAAAUUCCGGCGGCAGUAAUACUUCAGCAAAUGCAAGUGCCAUCGAACUUUCGAACGGGAGAAAUAUAUAUGGAAUCGCAUCUAAAAUUGAUUCAACGCACCGGAUUCCAUUGUCCAUUCUUUUUGCGACACCUCAAAUCACAUUUCUAUCAUGACAUCAUACCCGAAAAUAGUACAAUUAUCCGAGACUAUGAAAUGGUUAACAUUCGCAAAAAGUUGAAAAAUAAUCCAGCAUAUAUGACCGUUGAUCAGAUGCCAGUUAUACAUUGGAAUCGAAUACCAUCGAAUGAUGUUACAUUGAAUAUUGAUGUCCAUAUCGAUGAAAUGUCCGGCCGAUAUCGUACAUCAUUUUGGCAACAAUUGGGUCAAAUCUGGAUUAUCUAUCUAUCGAUAUUUCUGGUGUGCGCGUACUUGAUGGAAAAACUGAAGAAUUACAUAUUUUCAAGGCAAAUGAUUCGAGCAUGGGAGAUUAUACCGUGGAAAAAAAUUUAUUGAUUAACUGAUGAAAUCCAGAACGUUUCGGUACAUGUUCAACAUAUUUUAAUGAUUCAACAAGAAACUACAAACUAUCCAAAGACUGUGAUGCGACCGAUCCGUCGAUACUUAAGCGAUUAUCUUCCAAGAUGAUUGUUUCACGGGGAUAGUGGUCUAAUUGCACGAAUAAAUAUCGAUAGCGAUUUGAAUUCUAAAAAAAAGCAAAUUGAAUUACUAUAUAUUUAAGCAUAAAAUUGAAAUAAAAACAAACCAAUUCUUUUUCUA